AUGACAUACCGAGGAAGCAGUGGCAAUGGUCUAAAUUUGGGGUAUGAAAACAAUGGUGGAAUAUUUAUGGAGCGUGAGAAUGAUGAGUUAGUUGAGCAUUUGUCCGGAAAAGUUGCAACUUUAAAGAAAAUUACUAUUGCUAUUGGAGAUGAUGUACGAGAGCAAAAUCGUUUGUUAGGUGAAAUGGAAAGUGAUUUCGAUGCGUCGAAAGGUUUCCUUGGAUCGACGAUGCAUAAAUUGAGGCAAGUAUCAAAAGCUGGUGGGAAAAAUUUGACGUGUCAUCUAAUUCUGUUUGCGCUUUUUGUGUUCUUGAUCAUAUACUAUUUGAUUCGUUAG